AGUGCACGUAAAAUUUGUAUCAUAGCGUGGCACACAUUCUUGAUAUUUCACUUUUCUCUGAAUUUUUAUCGUACAUCAAAGAUGUUAGGACUUCUUGAACUAUUAUACGGAUUCAUCGCCUUCUUCCUUGCGCUUUAUUAUUAUUACAAGAUAAAAUUUAAUUUCUGGAAGAAGCGUGGUGUACCCGGGCCCGAACCCAUACUAUUCUUUGGCACUAUGAAGGAUGUCAUAUUACAGAGAAUGAGUAAAAAAGAUUAUCACAAAAAGAUAUACAAUACGUAUAAAAGUGAGCCGUUGAUAGGAUUUUUCGACCAAACGGUGCCGAUUUUAAUGGUCAACAAUCCUGAAUUGAUCAAGGAUGUCUUAAUUACAGACAGUGCAAUAUUUUCAAGGCGAGGCUUUAAUUAUUCUAAAAAGGCAGAACCGUUAAGCCAUCAAAUUUUCUACAUGAAUACAGAUGAAGUGCAACCCAUAAGAGCAAAAGUAUCGCCCAUAUUUACACCAAGCAAACUUAAGAGCAUAGUUCCUUUAUUACUGCAACGCUCGGAGAUUUUUAAGGAUUGGUUGGACACACUGUUAUUGCAAAAUGAGCAAAUAAAUUAUAGCCAAGUGACGGCAAAAUAUACCGCUGACUUGAGUGCUACUUGCCUGUUUGGUUAUGAUAUGCAGACUUUAGGAGAUGGCGAAAGUAAAGUUUUACAAUAUAUUAAAAAGAAGAUGAACGCUAAUAAAUUGAAAAUAAUGUUGAUAGAUUUGCUACCAGAUAUAGUAAUAUACAACAAAUUAUACGAUUUACUCGGUUAUUAUAUGUUUAACAAUGCGGAAGAGUUGCAUUUUUUUACCGAAUUAGUCAAAGAUAUUGACGGUUACAGAAAAAAAUAUGGUAUUGUUAGGCACGAUAUUACCGAUGCCGUUAUGAAACUCCAAGAAAAUGGAAAGUUGAUUAAACCAGAAAGUACAAAUAACUUUAUUGCUGCAAAUAUGUUCGCAUUUUUCUUUGCCGCAUAUGAAACAUCUUCCGUAACAAUGACUCACACAAUGUAUGAAUUGGCUGUAAAUCAAUCGAUCCAGGACAGACUCCGCAAAGAAAUCAAAAGUGUACGCGCAGCCAAUAACAGAAAAAAAGCAGAAGAAAUAACAUAUGAUGAUAUAAACACAAUGUCUUACUUGGACGCAGUAUUUAAAGAAACGUUGCGAAAGUAUCCGGUAAUAGAACUAUUAAAGAGACAGGCUUCAUCGGCCUACACUUUUAGAAAUUCUAAAGUCACUAUUCCGAAAAAUCAAUUAAUCGGUAUACCUGUCCAUGGCAUUCAUUAUAACUCAGAAAUAUAUCCGAAACCAGAAGUCUACGAUCCUGAAAGAUUCAUGGGUGAAGCGGCCAAAUCAAGACCUUCAAUGUAUUUUUUACCCUUCGGACAUGGUCCAAGAAAUUGUAUUGGUGAACGGUUUGGCAUACUGCAAACAAAAAUAUCGCUCAUUACUAUUGUGGAAAAUUACAAAAUUGAUACUUGUGAAAACACACAAAUAGUACACAACAAAGAAAUAAUAGUUCAACAAACAGCACGCAUGUAUCUUAAAUUGACCAAGAUCAAUUGAUGCUUAUGCGUAAUCUUUAUAUCUUGCACUAAUGUGUCAACUAUUAUAUUUUCAAAAAGUAAUGUACUUUAAACAGAUAUGACAAAUAUAA